UGAUGGCGCUGUCUCACCUGGGCGGAGGGAACAAGCAAAAAAAGAAAAAAAGAAAAAAAGAAAAAGGGGGCUGGGAAUCCUGCAGCAAAUCCACCAAUAGCAGCUCGAGUUGGAGCUUUGCUCGUACUACACAGAGCCACACGGAGGUCUCUCCUGCGCGCAUCGCACCGCGCACACUGCUGGGAACCGGGAGAAAUCACAGGCUCACACUGGGAGGAAGACGUGGAGAUCUGAUUGCAAAGAUAGCACUGACUGAUUCCUCCAGGUGGCUUUAGAGUAAAGGAUCACACUGCUGGGCUCUCCUCUUCCUCUCCUCAGUGCCUCCACCGCGCGUAAAAGGAAGGACAAGAGGGUUUGUUUGGUUUCCUGCUGGAUUAUCACUUUCAACAAAACACGCACAAGUGGCCAAUUGGAGUCACAUCACAUCACAGGGAUUACAAUUGUUUGUAAAGCUCUUCCUUGGUUGUGCUUUUGCAGCAUCUUCUUCUUCCUUUCUUGAGCUGAGCUUGAGAGCAAAGUGCUGAUAAAUCUGCUCCACCUGGACUUUGGAACCUGAAGUAUAGUAAGGAGCUUCUUCUUCUUCUCGGUGUGAACUGCACUUGACAGGAAAAUGCCUCUUGCUCAGAUCGCGGAGCCAUGGCCCACUAUGGAACUAGUGCAGCUGGAAACAGAGAACGGGCAGAGCACCACUGAGGACGGAGUCACGCCUGCUGUCAAGGAAGAUGGAGACAUCAAGGAGAUCAACAUCACCCAUGUGGUCAAGGAGGGCUCGGAGAAAGCUGAUGCCUCUCAGUUUGAACUGCUCAAAGUGUUGGGACAAGGAUCCUUUGGCAAGGUGUUCCUGGUGCGAAAGGUGACCGAACCCGAUGCCAACCAGCUCUACGCCAUGAAGGUCCUCAAGAAGGCCACACUCAAAGUGAGAGACCGUGUGAGAACCAAGAUGGAGAGAGACAUCCUGGCAGACGUCAACCACCCAUUUGUUGUCAAACUGCACUAUGCAUUCCAGACUGAAGGGAAGUUGUAUUUGAUCCUGGACUUCCUCAGAGGAGGAGAUCUCUUCACUCGACUCUCCAAAGAGGUGAUGUUCACAGAGGAGGAUGUGAAGUUUUAUCUGGCAGAGCUGGCGUUAGGACUGGACCACCUCCAUAGCCUGGGCAUCAUUUACAGGGACCUCAAACCUGAAAACAUUCUCCUGGAUGAGGAGGGACAUAUCAAACUCACAGAUUUCGGCUUGUGUAAAGAAGCCAUUGAUCAUGAGAAGAAAGCGUAUUCCUUCUGUGGUACCGUGGAGUACAUGGCACCAGAGGUUGUGAACAGGCAGGGACACGACCACAGCGCCGACUGGUGGUCAUUUGGAGUACUAAUGUUUGAGAUGUUGACUGGAUCGCUGCCAUUUCAAGGGAAGGACCGCAAAGAAACUAUGAACCUGAUUCUGAAGGCGCGUCUGGGAAUGCCUCAGUUCCUGAGUGCAGAGGCCCAGUCGCUGCUCAGGGCUUUGUUCAAGAGGAACCCCACCAACAGACUGGGAUCUUGUGCUGAUGGUGCAGAGGAGAUCAAGCGGCACGGUUUCUUCUCCACCAUAGACUGGAAUAAACUCUUCAGAAGAGAAUUAAAACCUCCGUUCAGGCCGGCGGUGGCGCGUCCAGAUGACACCUUCUACUUUGACUCUGAGUUCACCUCCCGCACCCCUAAAGACUCCCCCGGCGUGCCCCCCAGCGCCGGAGCUCACCAGCUCUUCAGAGGCUUCAGCUUUAUCGCGUCGACUCUGUUGGAUGAAGAAGGUUCAGCGGAGCCAAUCAAGCCCCCGCCGCACCCAGUGGUCCAGCAAUUACACGGGAAGAACCUGCUGUUCAGCGACGGCUACGUAUUGAAGGAAGACAUCGGCAUGGGCUCCUUCUCUGUCUGUAAACGAUGUAUUCACAAAGCCACCAACACAGAAUACGCUGUAAAGAUGAUUGACAAGACCAGUACAGACCCCUCUGAGGAGAUUGAGAUUCUACUUCGAUAUGGACAGCACCCAAACAUCAUCACACUGAAGGAUGUGUACGACAACGGUAAGCAGGUGUUCAUGGUGACGGAGCUGAUGCGCGGAGGAGAGCUGCUGGAUCGGAUCCUCAAACAGAAGUUCUUUUCGGAGAGAGAGGCCAGCGCCGUGCUGCACACCAUCACCAAGACUGCAGAGUACCUGCACUCACAGGGGGUGGUGCACAGAGACCUGAAGCCCAGCAACAUCCUCUACGUCGAUGAGUCGGGGAAUCCAGAGUCCAUCAGGAUCUGCGAUUUUGGCUUCGCUAAGCAAUUGCGUGCCAACAACGGCCUGCUGAUGACCCCGUGCUACACUGCUAACUUUGUAGCUCCUGAGGUGUUGAAGCGUCAGGGCUACGAUGAAGGAUGUGACAUCUGGAGUCUGGGAGUCUUACUGUACACCAUGCUGGCCGGUUUUACUCCAUUUGCCAAUGGACCGGAGGACACCCCAAAUGAGAUCCUGGUCAGGAUAGGCAACGGUCACUUCAGUCUGAAAGGAGGCAACUGGGACACUGUGUCUGACGCUGCCAAGGACCUUGUGUCCAAGAUGCUUCAUGUGGACCCCCAUCAGAGACUGACCGCUAAGCAGGUCCUCAAACAUCCCUGGAUUGUCCAGAGAGACAAACUACCCAACAGCCAGCUCCCACACCAGGACCCCAAACUGGUCAAGGGUGCGAUGGCGGCCACCUACUCAGCCCUGAAGAGCUCCCAACCGACUCCAGAGCUCAAGCCCAUCGAGAGCUCCUUCCUAGCUCAGCGGCGCGUCAAGAAGCUUCCCUCCACCUCCCUGUAGAGACUCACAACAACCAAUCGGCUCACUGGAGACUGACCAAAACCGCACCACCUGGCUCCAACCACCCAGUCAGCUUGCACAGGGACACCACCCCGCCUCUACCAGCCAAGGAACACUGACUGUGGUCCUGCCCCCAUCUUGUGAAAUCAGUUGUCCUGCUCUUGCUGUCAUCCUCCUUGUUCAGGCUCGUCAGCUGCUGUCAGCCAGUCUCCUCGGACUAGCAAAAAGAUCGUGAAGAUAGAUGGGGGCGAUGAGGGCAAAAAAAUAAAAAUGGCUGCAGGUUUUUGGCAGAUGUAUUAGUGCUGUAUGUGUGUGUGAGUGUGUUUGUGCAUGACUGGCCACAGAGUCCAUGCAGCCAUGUUUCCGAUUGUGACAAUGAAAGUUUUCUCUCCUCAUCAUUGCUGUGAUUGGUUGUCAUCCAGCUUGCUGCACGCCCGACUGUCCGCCUGUUUUGUUGUCCGUCUUUCUUUUGUAAAGUUGAUGAGCUUUAUAUCACCGGGUGUGCUGCCAAAUCAACCUGUGCCGACAGCGCAAAAACCACAGUACUGUCCAACUGCUGUUAAAUGUUUUUUUUGAAAGAGCAUUAUUUACAUGAAUAUUAAACAUUUCCGCCAUAAAUGCCUCUCUUUGGCUUUGGUACAGCCAGAACACGUGGAUUCUGGGAAAUGUCAAAUGCUGAUGUUUUGGUUAAUGUCAAUCUAUGCUUGUGUUUUGUUUUACAGAAAGCGUGCGUGUGUGUGUGUGUGCGCGCGUGUGUCAGUUGCAUGACUUGCAGUAUGUGUGCGUGUGUCUGUACUGUCUUGCGGGAUGCUGCAGGGUCAUGUGCAUGGUCCGGUGACGUGAUGAUGUCAUGUGGCUUCCUUGUUUCUCUCUGCUCCCUUUUCUCUGCUGGCAACCAUUUGAGAUGUCUAUUAUUAUUUUUUAUUACUACAAAAACUAGUAAAAUAGGUGGCUUUCUGUGAAAGAAAACUUGCCCAAGGAACAAUGUGGCAUGUUAAAAUUCUAUAUUUGCUUUUUUUUUUUUCUUAUUUUUUCAUUUUCUUUCCCACUGUGUUUCUUGAAUAAUGCAUAUUGAAUGCUGUUUCCUGUGUUGGCUGCUUUUGUUGUUGAUUGUUUUGUUUUUUUCUUUUUGUCCAAAGAAAGUGGUGAUUAAAAAUAGUGAAAGACACGCUGAGGACAUCACAGUCUGUGGACUUGAAGCCAUAUAGGUCUUUCCUUCUGUUUUGGGAUGUGAAAGGGAAUAAAGACAGAGUUUGUCUUUAUUUGAGCACUCCAACACUUAAAAACUGUCAAAUCACUGGUUGCUAAUAUCACACAGGCCUUCAGCUGUCUUGUGUUUAACUCUUUCAUGCAUGAUAUUUGAAUCAUUCCGUUGAUUAUACAACAUGUUUUCAUUUUAUUGACCCUCAAUUUGAGACGUCCUAAAGAAGAAUAAAUGUAUCUCACUGUAAGUAGCUUCACAUUAAAGGUCCUGCUUUCAGCUCGGUGCCUGGACCUACAGGUGAGGCAGAAUGUCUUACAUGAUGAACAAACCAAACAGCCUGUAUGUGUGCAGAAGGGAAGACCUGUGUGGCUAAAUAAUCUAUGAACCAGCUGUCUUACCUCAAAAGGGAUCAAAGUUAUGUUAUAAAUCUUGUUUGGUGGCAAAAUUAUCCCUCCUUUGACUAAAUUUAUGGUUAAGAUGUUAUUGUAUGAUAAAGAUGGAGAUUUUUAUAUCUUACAAAUAUUAAAAAUUCAGUUGCUACGACAA